UAAAAUCUAAGAAUAACACUAUUAAGUUUAAUAUAUAUAUAUUCUUACGAUGGAAUAAGGACCAUAUUAUGAAAAAGACAAAUUAGGACUUCUCUCCUCAAACAGCCAAUAAAUUAAAGCAAUCCACCUAGCACUUUGCCUGUUCUUAUCACCAUCUCUCCCCCAACAAGCCUUCCACUACUAUUCAAUCAUCUGCAAACAUCCACUGCAAAUGGGAAGCAGAGGUGUACAUACAGUUGCAGAGCUGAACAAAGAUCUAUAAGGUGGAUCGACGGUAUGGGAAGAGGUCCCUUCCUCCAGACGAGGCACCGGAGGAGAAGGAAGCACGUGAUUUCUUCUCACCGGACUACAUCCCUCACCGCGCCGAGCAGGACGUGUCAGCCAUGGUCUCCGCCCUCGCGCAAGUAAUCAGCUGCUCUCGGCCGCCGGCCACCGGCGAGCUUGCUGAGCCACCAGAUCACCACGCGCUUGGUCGAUCAGGGUCAGGAUCGAUGGACACCGCACCAGCACAAACUACUUCUGAUGAGCAAGGGAACAUCGAGGAAAGGAGACACUAUAGAGGGGUAAGGCAGAGACCUUGGGGGAAAUGGGCAGCGGAGAUCCGGGACCCCAAGAAGGCGGCGCGCGUGUGGCUCGGGACCUUCGACACGGCCGAAGCUGCCGCCAUCGCCUACGACGAUGCGGCCCUGCGUUUCAAGGGCGCGAAGGCGAAGCUCAACUUCCCCGAGCGCGUCCAAAGUCGCACUGGCCGCGGCACCUUCGCGGCGGCGCCCACGGCUUCCGUUGCUCCUCCGUCUCCUGGAGCCUCCCAAUCGUCGCCGGCGGUGACUUUCUACCCGCACUUGGUGCAGUACGCGCAGCUCCUGCAGAGCAGGGACGACGUGGACAUGAGCGGCGCCGUCUACGGCGGCUUCACUUCCUCGUCGUCGACGCCUUAUUCUUCCAUGCAGGAGACGAUAGACUUCUCGUCGCCGGUGCGGCAGUCGCGAUUCGAGAGCUCUUCUUCUUCGUCGUCGAGGCCGUUGCCGUACCAGAAGGAGGAGAAGGAUGAUGAGCGGCAGCGGAAGCGGCCACCGGGCAUAUAAUGAAUGUAUGUGGUUAUGGCACUGACUUUGACUCGGGAUGAAUGAAUGAAUGAAUGAAUGGAUGGACUUAUUAAUUAAUCGAAGAUAUGUGAUCGAGUUGGAUUGA